AGCCUGGAUGGCAGGGGCAGGGCGCUCCCAGCGUGGCCAAAGAUGAACCAUCUGUCUCCUCUCUGUCGUCUCUGGAGGGCAGCGAGUCCAGGGCCUCCGACUGGUCUGCGGGAGAAAGCGCUCGCGCAGCCUCUCGCCCAGCGCCCGAGGGGCCCUCGCUGGCACAGGAGCAUCUCGCUCCUCUGCGGGCCGCGGCACACCGGCUGGACAUCCACCUGGCGCAGAAGGCCCUGGGCUCCUUCAUCCUGCCGCCCUGCGUCAUACGCUCCCAGGCCGUCUAUGCCGACAUGGCAGCUGAGCGGCUGAGAGCCGCUGCCCAGGAACGCCGGCGGAAAAUGAACAUCCGGCUGCAACGCAGGAGGAGCCGGAAAAGCCAGCUGGGAGGGCCCCGUCAAGAAGCCCUGGGAGAAAGAGCCCGCCCCGCGGGCACAGGAGAGCCGGGAUUCCUGACAGCUGGAACAAACGUGAGGCAGACAGAGGCCCUGGUGCUGACUGAGGCACCGCCCAGGGCUGAACAGCCACCCCGUGCUCCUCCAGGGAGAGGGGCCAAGUCACCGUCCGUCCCCUGCAAGGGGAAGGGCCCCACCUUCAGGGGAAUCAUACUGGGCUUCCUCGAACGUGUCACUUCCAGGGCAUCAGUGGGGGAGAGAGGACAGGUCGACAGGUCCGUGGCUGCACCGCGUGGAGCCCCGCCACCCCCUCGGAAACUCACCCCGUCCCCCAAGAGUGUGAAGCUGUCCCCGUCACUCAACAGAGGAAAUGCCACCGAGGACACAUCCGGGACAGUCGGAGCGUCUAACCUGGAGCGCCGUGGGCACCGGGCCGGGGUGGAAACUGAGCUUCCGCAGCCAGGGUCACGUCCUGGCAAGAACGCAGGCCACGUGUGCUGGUUCCAUCAGCGUCAUGCUCACGCCCACCUUCGCCAGGUACACGGCAGAACGCCAGGGCUGCGCGGAGAGAACCUAUGUGCCCUGCGGGAGAGGAUGCAGGUCCGGCGGAGGAAGCUGUCCCCGUCACUCAACAGCGCCGCCUCCGAAGAGGAGAGCUGCCUCCGGGCCUUGGACGAGAGUUAG